AUGCAGUUCUUCAAGUCCAUCCUCCUCCUCGCCUCGGCCCUCGCGCCCAUGGCCUUGGCCGCUGAGCGCGUUGCUGCUCCCUCUGCCACGUCGCCCUGUGUGACCAGCACCAUCACCCUGGUGCCAUCUGGUUACACUCCUCCCGCGUCGACCGCGACUCCCACUCCUACUUCCACCCCGACCCCCACCUCGACUCCUACUCCUACCAGCACCCCGGUCUCCUCCAGCUCCUCCUUCAGCCGUGUGUCCAGCUCUACUCCCCUGAUCAAGAGCACCUCCACCGUUGUCGAGGUUAACACCGCGACUGCUGCUCCCGAGCCCGCCUCUACCUCCGCCUCUGCUUCUGCGCACGCGAACGGCGCCUCCAUCCGCCAGGUUUCUGGUGCCAUGGCUGCUGGUGUCGUUGCCGUCGCCGGUAUGCUCCUGGUUUAA